AUUUUUAGUGCAAUGUCAAUGUCUUUGCCUCGGUCUUUGCUAUUUUACGGGAUCAGGAGAGCUUUCUCCUGCACCGCUAGAGCAUCAGCUCCUGUACAUAACUUGACUGUUAUAGGAUCAGGGCUUAUGGGAGCAGGAAUCGCUCAGGUAUCCGCUCAGACCGGUCACAACGUAACUCUUGUGGAUAUGACGAACGAGCUUCUACAGCGAGCGGAGCAAAGGAUAAAGGGAAGCGUAGAGAGAGUAGCCAAGAAGCAAUUCAAAGAAGAUCCGAAGGCCCAGAGUGAUUUUGCUUCUCAGACUCUAUCACGUAUAAAGUACAUGGUAGAUGUUGAAAAGUCAGUGGGCAGCGAUUGUGAUCUUCUUAUUGAAGCUAUUAUUGAGAAUAUGAAAAUAAAGCAGAAUCUUUUCUCAAAGCUAGAUAAAGUUGCGCCAAGUUCAACAAUAUUCACUAGCAAUACUUCAUCCCUCUCUAUCACUGAAAUGGCAAGUGUCACAGGUCGGGCUGACAGGUUUGGCGGCCUUCACUUCUUCAACCCUGUAGCUGUCAUGAAACUUGUUGAGGUUGUUAGGAUUGCUGGUACAAGUGAUGCGACGUUUGAUACUUUGACAUCUUAUGUAACAGCUGUGAAGAAGACUCCAGUCUGUUGCAAAGAUACUCCAGGAUUCAUUGUCAAUAGACUCCUAGUUCCAUAUUUGGCUGAAGCAAUGAGAUUAUUGGAGAGAGGAGAUGCUUCGGCACGUGACAUUGAUACUGCCAUGAAACUAGGAGCAGGUUAUCCAAUGGGUCCUAUUGAACUAGCGGAUUAUGUGGGAUUAGAUGUAAAUAAAUUUGUGCUGGACGGAUGGCACAAGAAGUUCCCAGACAAUCCUCUUUUUGCCCCAUCAGAGACUCUUAAUAAAUUAGUUGAUGAAGGAAAACUGGGAGUAAAGACUGGAGAAGGGUUUUACAAGUAUGACAAGAAAUGACAUAUAGUGUGAACGAUAAUAACAACAAUAGUAGUAGAGUGUGUGAAAUUUAGAUAAAGUUCUAAUUAUUUAAUAAUGGACUCCAGUAAUUAAAUAAGUCAUUUCAAAACCC